AUGAGUUACUUUGAAGAGGAAGAAGACGAGGGAAAGCCAAUUACUCAAAAAGCAAUUCACGAAUCACUCAAAAAGAAUUGCGGAUAUGUCAAUUCGCCGGAACUUAAUGACGUUCUUUAUUUACAUUAUCGAGCUUUCACAAAGAUAAAGAACUUAGAUCCAUAUAUCAAUCUAAAAGCUCUUUGGCUCAAUAAUAAUGCUAUUUCUGCUAUUGAAGGUUUAUCAAAUCUCAAAAGUUUGGCGUGUUUAUAUCUUCAAAACAAUAUCAUUGAAGAUCUAAACGGAUUAGAAGGUUUAGAUUCUCUAAAAACAUUAGUUGUUUCAAACAAUUUCAUUUCGAAUAUUACUGGGCUUUCUGGUUGUCCAAAUUUAACUACACUUGAAAUUGAUCAUAACAGACUUAAGCAACCAGAAUCGUUGGCUGGUCUUGCUGAUGUACCUGAGUUAACAGUACUAAACAUGACAGAUAAUGGCAUGGAAAGCGAAAAAUUUGCAGAAUAUCUCCUAAAGAUACCAAAACUUCGCGUUUUACGAAAUACUGGAAAUCCUGUUACACGAAAUAUGGAUAAUUACCGCCGAAGGCUCAUUUCUAUGAAUAAAGAACUCAGAUUCCUUGAUGACUCAUCAAUUGAGUUUGAAGAACGUCGUCUUGUUAACGCCUGGGUUCAGGGCGGUCCACAAGCAGAGAAGGCAAUGCGCGAGCAAAUCAAACAAGAAAAACUUCAACAACAAGAUGAAAAUAGAAUUAAAUUUAGGAACAUGCAAAGACAAGCAAUAAUUGAAGCCGGACAAUCCCUUAAAGAUCAUCCAGAACUAUGGUCAUCUGAUGAAGAAGAGUCAGAAACUUCAUCAGAAGGAAAUCUUUUUACAGUAAGCUCAGAUGAUCAAUUCUUCAUAACAAAUGGUGCAAAUGAUGAAACAAAAGAUGAAAAACUACCUUUAAGUCCACUUAAAAUAGAAGAAGAACACAAAGAACCCGAAAAAUCUAAAAUCACAAUUAUUUCUGAGGAAAAAACAAAUGAAAAGGCAUCAGAUAAGUUUGAUGUCGAUGAACUUGAUUGA